AUGGGUAUUCGCAAGGAUAAGUUAAUUUUGGUCGCCACCAUUUUACACCUCCUUAAAAUUUCUGUUAUCCAAAUGACUACAAUAGUUGGUCAUCGGGGUUGUGGAACCAGUGAAGCAGGGGGGACUUCCCCCUACCCGGAAAAUUCACUGUACUCAUUUAAGAAAGCACUGGAUGAAAAUAUUGAUGGAGUUGAAUUAGAUGUAUGGCUAACCAAGGAUAAGGAAGUUGUGGUUAUCCACGGCACGGAGGAUGGGUUGCUAGGCCAUACCUUACUGUACGAUGAAGAUUCAAAACAAAAACACAUAGAAGAAUUAACAGCUGAGGAAAUCCAGAACUAUCAUUUUAAAGAGCCUUGGAUCAUAACCAAAGGUAGGCAAUUUUAUCAGCAGGGUUCCACGACGUCAGAUGUAUCCAGUGUCGAAACGGAAAACGUGGCAAGUGACCAUGCGGAGGGAGAAGGCAUAAUUGGACACAACGAUAAAAACGUAUUCAGUUGCAACAGUGGGCAUUACCAAGGUGAGAAUUCCCACGCACUUCAUCUAAAAACCCCCGUGAAAAAUGGACAGACAAAUACAAAAUUCGCUACCCUCAGUAAAGAAGAAAAGGAAAGAAAAAGCAUCGAGUACGCAGAAUAUAAACAGCCCUACAUAAAUAUGAAUGAAAAUGAUCAGUUGGAAAAAAUGUUUGACGAAAAUUCCUUGCAGAAUUUGUUUGCAAAAGAAGAAACGGAAAGCGAAUUCCACCAAUUGCCUACAGAAGGAAGGAACGCUCCAAUGGAUGACCAACUCCUAGAAGAAGAAUUUAUUAAUUCCAUAAAAUGCAAUUUUUGUAAAAAUCUUUACACAGACUAUGUAAGGAAAAAAAAAUAUAACUUGAGCAAAAAAAAAAAGCUGUUCAUAUUUUUAUCAAAAUUUUAUCAUGUACCCCUUCUAAAAGAUAUACUUAAUUUGUACAAAGAAAAAUUAUCAUAUGACAUUGAGCUGAAGGGAACAAAUGAAGAUUUGGGGUUCCACUUAUUGGACAUUCUGGAGAAUUACAAAAACUAUAAAAUAAAAUUUAGCUCAUUCAGUUGGGUACUAAAUAAUGGAGAAAUGGAAAAAGAAAGUGAAGAGAAAAAAAAAGAGGAAAUUUCUAAUGACACUUGUGGCCACCCUGAAAAUCAAAAACAAAUUGAUUUAUUAAGAGCUGUUCGAAAUAACAGAUUGAAUAUCCCUGUUGCUAUGCUUUUUUCUGACGAUGAAGUGAUGCCAAAUUUUGUUUCCAUUUUAUCCACCAUGAAAUUCUAUAAUGCUGAGUGGGCACACUUUUCCUAUAGAUCCCUCAAACAACCAGUCAUCAUGCAUGGAAAUAAAGGAGAACAAGUCGUUACUCCUCCCAAUGACAUCUUCCAGAUGCUACGUAAUAAUAAUAAAAAAAUGAUGAUUUAUUGGGGCACUGAGGAUAAGGACGAAUACGAAGACCAUUUGUUUUACAUAAAGAUGGGUGUCGACUCUAUAUGCCCCAAUAAUAUAGACAUUGCUAGACAGGCCCGUUUGGACGCUUACUCAGCGUGA